AUGGCAUCGAUAUCAUCACCAACACCAGGCACCACCACCACGGCCAGCAACAUCAAUUUCCCAACCACACCUGCUGCAACAUCAUCUCCAUUUGCCACGACUACUGCUCCUACUGCUACUACUACUGCUGCUGGUACUACCACCGCUGCAGGACCUUCUACUACUACUCCUUCAGUAUUCAACCAACCCCCCAGACGCCUCCUCAUCUUCCACGAGACGAGGAACCCGCACAACACCGCUGAGACGGUCUACGUCGCCGUCAACGCGCAAGGUCUGCCCAUCUGCGGGCCUGCUGCUGCGCCCGAGUUUUCGGCCUCGUCGCGGACGGCCGGGUCGGGCUCGGUGCUGGAUCUGCCGUUAAGGGUGAUAAAGGCGUUUACGGAGAUUUUUAAUAAUCCGCGGUACAAGAAUUGGGCUAUUGUCAGCGCGGGCCCGUAUCAUGACCCGUCUGAAGAAGGGAGGUUCUACGCCGUGGUUCUGGAGCAGGUGCGAGACCAGGCGCAGGGGCCGGUGAAAGGUUGA